AUGCCUCCGCCAGCCGGCGCGCCACCCGACCGGUUCGCCGUCAUGUCGCUCGGUGGUACGCAGUACAAGGUUGCCGUGGACGACCUAAUAACCGUCGAGAAGAUGCGCGGCUUCAACGUCGGUGAGGUGUUCCGCAACGAGUCUGUCCUGUUGGUCGGGUCAAAGUCGGCAACCGUCAUUGGCGCGCCCCUCGUGGAGGGGGCGUACGUGGAGGCGACCAUCGAGGAGCAGGCGCUCGCGUCCAAAGAGAUUGUCUUCAAAAAGAAGCGGCGCAAGGGCUAUCGCAGAUGGAAGGGCGUGCGCGCGCCGCUGACAGUCGUGAGGAUCAAUGGCAUCUGCGUGCCGCCGCGUCUCGAGGAGCAGAUCGCGCCGCCGCCGGGCGGGAGCUGA